AUGGACUUUGACUUUCCAUCGCUAAUUGUCGAUUCCAACUCCUCGUACACCAAAGCGGGCUUGUCGUCGCUAGACAUGCCGUCUGUGGUCAUGCCGACGGUGUAUUCGCGGGAUUCGGUGGAUAAUGGCAACUACGUCUUUGGAGACGACAUCGAUUCGUACCCUCAAAAUAACAUCUACACCAUGUACAGUGAAGGACUGGUGUACGACUGGGAGGCUAUCUCUCAACAAUGGACACAGAUCUACUCGCAAUUGAAACUCAACGCGACCGAAAUCCCGCUUGUUGUUACUGAAAAUGCCUGGAACACCAAGAAAAACAGAAUCAAGGCAUGUCAAACUGCGUUUGAGGAGCUACAAGUGCCAAUCUUCUCGAUUUUGAAAAGACAGCUUUGUACGGCUUUUGCCGUGUCAAAACCUUCUUCGUCGAUCGUUGUCGAUAUCGACGAAGACAUCGUUAGUGUGACUCCUAUUAGCAACGGUGCUGUGCUUCCUAAAGGUAUUCAGUUCACCAAAUAUGGCGGUGAUUUCCUGAGUCCGUUUGUUUUGGACUUUAUCCAAUCCAAGUUCCCUAACGAACCAAUCGAUUCGUUCCUCGUUCCUAGACAAUUCCAAAACUCCUCCAUGAGCGACUCCUUUAGAACAUAUCAAAUAUCCACAUCUUUGGCCGAGUUCAAAAACGUGCUGUUGCACGCGUCAUUGUAUCCAGUGCUACCUGAACAGAACGACCUUCCUCCCCAGACCAACUAUCCACAAUACGAGUCUCACUCGCAAAUAGAGUUCAGAAAUUAUGAGCUUCCAAAUAGACGUCUCAUCAAAGAUAUCGGUAUCGAGCAGUACAAACUGGCAGAGCCAUUGUUUAACCCUGCCGGAUACUCCAAAAACCUUCCUCAACUCAAGGUCGCUCAAGAUGCUGAAGGUAUCUCGUCGCUUAUUCUAAGUUCCAUGAAGAGUCUGGAAGCACCUGCUUCUUUGUACAUGGAACUCCUCAAAAAUAUUGUCUUCACCGGCUCGCUCUCCAGUAUUCCCAACUUGGAGCACAGGAUCGCUCAAGAUUUGGCAAGAUUGAUCUCAGACUACACCAUCAUUACCUAUCUGUCUCCAGACACCAUUGAGAGACAGUUCGAUUCUUGGGUGGGUGCGAACGUUCUUACCAGCUCUUCUGCCGGUAAUCUGGAUAGUCUGUUCAUCAGCAAGGAAGAAUACCAGGAAAACGGAGAGGACUACAUUGUAGAGAAGUUUAAAUAG